UGCAGUCUGCCCGCCAUAUUUGUUGAAAAACGUAAACGGACAACAUAAGAGAGCGGCAGUUUUCUUUUUCAUAAGUUCUGUUGAAGUACGGUGAGCGCUUCUCUUUUCUAAUAUAGUUAUGUGAUUUUGUGCAUGAUAUUAAAUAUUGUUAGCCAUUUAGAAGUUUUAUGCAAUGGCUUUGCCAGCCGAAUCACAAAGGUCUUUUCGACUUUAUGUGACCCAUGUGGAUGGCGAGGGUCCUUUUUUGAAAAUUAGCGGCCAGCUCGACCAACAGUCUUCGUUAAUGGUCGAGAGCCUAUUUGAAUCGGCUCGCGGAAACUUGGAAAAGGGAAUUGGAGCAGUUUCUGUGGCAGCUAUCCAUGAAGGUGUAAUAUGUGCCGCCAAAUACAAAGAUGGAACAUACUACAGAGCGAAGAUCAUAGACAUCACGAAUCUGUCUACCGGUUUAUUGGGCGUCCAUUUUAUAGAUUACGGUAACAAAGACCGUAUUUCUCUCAGUGCUAUAAGGUUUUUGGACAAGUAUGAUCCGAUGUUUCUUCAGCUUCCCGGGCAAGCGACUGACUACUACCUAAGUCGUAUUAUGCAUCCUUCCGGUCGCUGGGACGAGCCGCUGCUGCUCAAGCUUCAGAGCUUAUUGUGUUACGCAGAAUACCCUGCUGCUGUUGAGGGCCAAACCUGCACACUGCCCAUUAUAUCUAUUCAAUACAAGGGCAAUGAUUUCUCAACACAUCUUGUUUCAAACAGAUUUGGUAUAGCCAUGCCCAUAGCAAAACAAGAAGUGAUGAUGCUGCAGCCUAUGGGAACUGACAGGCAACAAGGGCCAAACUGGGCACCAAAUUUCAUACCUGAUUCAACACCGUAUGCUGAACAUGUACCAUUUCUGAUGAAUCAGAACUUCCCGUCCAACCCUGCAUCUGCAAUGAGAUUGCAGCGGAACACCAGUGUGCCCUUCAAUGGUGCUAUAGUGCCUCCACCAACAGCCAUUAGCCAGAGGCUACUAGUCAAUAAGGUUUCAAGAGGCCCAGUGAACCUUAAAGGCCCAAUAAGACAGCCGCAAGUGGCUCUAAACUCUCCCCCUAUCCAGAUAUCCACUCCACCUCCAGAGGCAGCCCUUAACAAGAGUUUCUCACCCAAAAAGUCUGCCACUUACAAGAGCCGCUUAUUAGAAGUGAAUUCGCAGCACAAAGUGUUUGUGUCAUUUGCAGAAGAAGGACCAGAACUCUUUGCAGUGCAGCUAGUGACAGACGCUAAGAAACUUCAAGAUAUGGUGGAUGACAUAAAUAGAAGGCCACACAAGAGCCUCACCGAGCCUCCCAUGAUAGGAACAGUAUGCCUAGGCAGAAUGUCUGGAGACCGAAUUAUUUGCAGGGCAAUAGUCAUGAACUUAUCGGGGUCGCAGUGCAAGCUGUUCUUUGUAGACUUCGGUGAUACAGAAAUGGUGUCCUACUAUGACAUCUUCGACAUCCCUGAAGAGUUUGUCAAGCCAAAUGUAUUUGCUAUGAGAUUCUGCUUAUCGGGUGUGAAGAAACUACAGAAGGGACCAUAUUUGAAUGAGGCAUUUAAGCAACUUGUGAAUGGAAAACUGAUGACACUGCAAGUGGUCGCUCCAGAAGGUCCACCGUUAAUACAGUAUGGAGAGCUGUACUUAGACAACAAGAAUGUACUAGACUUGCUGCUAGCCAAUGUUAAAGACAAGAUGCAGUUCAGGUGGAUGGAAAUGCUUCCUAAUGGCAGCAAGGCUUCGGUACUUGUGUCUUAUGUAGACAGCUGCAUCAAAUUCUACGUCCAACUAUCAGACAAGAUUGACGACUUGACUGCUGUGAUGGAAGCUGUGAAAGUCCACUGCGAGGGCACCUCAUCUCCCGGAGAGUUACCCGUUGGCACCGCUUGCUGUGCCAGGUUCCCUGAUGAUGACAAAUGGUACAGGGCCAAGGUUCUAGGGUCUAAUAACAAGAUGGUCCUUGUGGCAUAUGUGGACUAUGGCAAUGAGCAAGAAGUUAAUGUUUCGGAUCUGAGAACCAUAACUGCUGAUCUGUUAAAACUGCCAGCACAAGCCAUGAAAUGUGCAUUGAAAGGCUUUGAAAACAAACCAGUAGAAAGCAAGACCUCGAAUCAGCUUGAAAUGCUGGCACUAGAAAAGACGCUGACUGCCAAUGUAGUUGGUGUCUUAUCCAGCGACACUAUGUUGGUAUCUCUGGUGGAUGACACGACCAGCCCGCCCCUGGAUGUGGCCAGGAAGAUGAACCAGUUGUCUCAGCCUAGAAGCAAUGUUGAGACUAAGCCGACCACGCCUGUAAGCAAAGCGGCCCCAGAACAGUUCAGCUCGCCAGAGAGCGACCACGGCAAAGGGUUCAAGCGCGAAAAGAGCUUCAGAGAAGACCGGCGGCCAAGAGACGAUGACAACUUCGGCCAGCGAGGUGGCAGCUUCCGAAACAGAGACAGAGAGCCGUUCGAUCGAUCGGGGCCGGGCCGGCAUAGUGACAAGUUUGGAGGCAGACCCGAUAAGGGAGAAAGACGCGGUAAGCCAUGGGAGACCAACGCGCAGCCCGCGCCCUCUGGAGACGACUGGGAGGAGGCCCCCGCCCCCGCCCCCGCCGCCCCCGCGCCGCGCCCGAACUUCCGCGACAAGGACAACCGCGACAACAGGGACAGAGACCACAGAAGAAAGCCUAGAGCGGACAACGAAAGGCCGGGUCCAAAGCCGGGCUGGAAGCACAAAGAUGGCGCCGGCGUGGGCAAGAGGCUCAGGCAGGCGGCCGAAGCAGCGUCGGCCGACGCGCAGAAGGGGGCCAAGGGAUCUAUACAGGACAGGCUGAGACGUGACAAUAAAUUCAACAAGCAAGACGAAUGGGAAGAGAAGAAAGACGACUGGGGCAGCGGCACACAGAGCCGCAACGACCGCUUCGGGCAGAACCGGGGCGAGAAGAAGGACUGGAACCAGAAGCGGGAGUUCCGAGACAGGGGCGAGAAUAACCGCGGCGACAGAGAUAGAACGAGGAGUAACUUCACACCCCGUGACCGCGCCGAGCGCGCUGACCGCUCCUUCGGCUCUGACUCCGACAAGCGGUCAGAAAGAAGCUUCGGCCGCGCCGGAAAUAAACCCCGCUCCAAAUUCACACAAGUACAGUACAAGGAACUCCCCGACCCAGUCCCAUUGGAAUCCCGCUUCGACGAACCAACAAUCGAAUCCGAAGCCCAACAUGAAGUAUCCGUCACCUGGAUUAUAACCCCAAAGAGCUUCUACACGCAACUAAUGUCCCUCCAACCCAAGUUCCUAGAGAUGAUGCACAAAAUCCCAGAGCUGUACAAAGGCGUCAGACCUUACUCAGGAAAUGUCCCCGUCAGCGCUUCAGUACUAGCCAGAUACCCAGCCGAUGGAGUCUUGUACCGAGCUACGGUCGUCUCCGCCCAACCGUUCUCAAAAUUCAUAGUCCAAUACGUCGAUUUUGGAAAUAAACAACUAGUGGACGCCAAGGACAUAUGGCAGUUGGAUAGACAACUGUUAGAGCUGCCUAAAAUGGCGAUUCAUUGCUCGCUGAUCGGCGUGGCGCCUGUAGAAGGGGAAUGGAAGGCCAACCCCGAGUUAGACCUGUGUUUCAACGCGCCGCGGUACCAGUGCGUGUUCCAGGAGUGUGUGGAAGGGCAGUAUCAGGUGUCGUUGUGGAAUAACGGAGCGAGUGUUACGGAUAUGCUCGUGGAGAAACAGUUGGCUGUGCUGUCGGAGCAGCAACCGUCUGUUGCACUCAAAGAUGAGGCAAUAGACCUGACCAUCAUAGUGGGUCAGCAGAUCCCGUGCCGCGUGACGCACUUCGAGUCGUACGAAAAGUUCUACGUGCAGCUCGACUUGGAAAAGGCAGAGCUGGUCGAGAGCGCCAUCGCCAACUUCGACGUCAACUUGUUGACGCCGCUAACACAGGAUACUCUAACGGACGGCGUCCACUGCACAGUGAAACACGAGGGUAAAAUCUACCGCGCCAUCUUGAACGACACGUCGGACGCAAACAAAGUCGUCGCCGUGUUGCCAGACUAUGGCAACACUGUCACCACAUCAUUAGCCAAUUUGAUGAUCCUGCCAACGGAACUGAGCGUAUACUACUACCAGUCCCUGGAGUGCUGCCUGAACAACUACACCGCCGAGUCCAACAUCCUGAUGCCACUCGAGGAGUUGAAGAUCACCCUCACGGGGAACAAGUUCAUCGUAUACGUAGACAGCGUUGAGGGGAUCCGGCUGAUGACCACCCUGUACGACAUCAGCACGGGUUCUAAGCUGGCAAUCUUCGAGCCUGACGAGGGCGCCUUCGAGGAGGUGGUGACGCUGUGCGCGCGCACCGUGUUCAACUACAACUUCGGGCUGUGCAGCGCGCAGCACCUGCAGACCCUCAACGAGAUCUACCUGCAGAAGACGGCGGACAUCGAGAAGGUGCAACAGCUGCUCGACAAGCUUUAUGUCUUCUACGAUGAAGGUACACCCGAACCACUCGAGGAGUUCGAACCCGACACCCUGUGCGCCGCCAAGUCGUCCGACGGCAACUGGUACCGCGCCACCGUCGUCAGCGCCACCGACGCCGACGUGACCGUGCAGUUCCCCGACUACGGCAACACGGAGACCGUCGCCAAGGACACGGCCAAGAAACUGGACCAGGCCUUCUAUGAGCCCUGCGCUCAGGCACUCGUCGCGAGCUUAGGCUUGGUCGCGCUCACAGACGACGCGGUCACCAAGUUGUCCGAAUGGACCACGGACAAGGAGGUGCAAGUCACGCUCGCAUUCGGCUCCGACGGCUGGCUCGCCAGCCUUCAUCUGGACGGAGUGGACUUGUCCAUGAAACUGGUCAACGAGAAACUCGCCACCCCGCAGGUGACUUCCGAAGAGACCGCACCCGAACCCGCGCCGGCCGCCGAGGCAGUCGAACCCGUGUCCCUACCGCCCGGCUGCACGCAGGUCUACAUCAGCCACAUCGACAGCCCCGGACACUUCUGGCUCCAGAUGGCCGACAAGGUCGACAAAAUCGACGAGAUCCAGGCCGAGCUCGCGGCCGACGCCGAAAAGUACGAGGACCUGCAGGCGCGCGAGAUGGGCACGCUGUGCGUCGCCAAGUACUCCGCCGACGACCUCUGGUACCGCGCCGAGGUGCUCGACCUCGACUCCGACAUCACCACCGUGCGCUUCAUCGACUACGGCAACACCGACGUGCUCGACAACUCGCCCGGGCUCAUCAAGACUAUGCCGGAGAGUCUGCGCGCCGUAGAGCCGCUCUGCGUGCGCUCCAGCGUCAACGCCGUGCCCACCGGCACCGGCCAGUGGUCGGAGGCGGCCGGCGAGAGCUUCGAGGCGCUCGUCGGCGACACGGCGCGGCCCGUGGACGCGCUCAUCGUGCUCAAGGACGUCACCACGUACGUGGACCUGUUCGUGGCCGGCCGCGACCUCACCGACCGGCUCGUGGCGCAGGGCCACGCCGCCCGCGCCGAGCAGCCCGCCGAGUGCGGCGCCCUGCCCUCCUGCUUCGCCAGCCACGUCAACUCGCCCUCCGAGUUCUGGGUGCAGCUGGAGUCGGCCACCGCGGAGCUGCAGGCGAUGGAGGCCGCCAUGGAGGACGCCGACCACCUCCCGGAGCUGGCGUCCAAGGAGGAGGGCGUGCUGUGCGCCGCCAAGUACCCCGAGGACGGCGCCUGGUACCGCGCGCAGGUCGUCGUCGACGGCUCGGAGGGCACCGAGGUGCUGUUCAUGGACUACGGCAACGCGUCCAUCGCCACCGAGCUGCGCACCCUCCCGGACGAGCUGAAGCUGAAGCCGGCGCUCUCGCGCAAGUGCGCGCUCCAGAAGCCGAGGGACAUCAAGGCCUGGUCGAGGAAAUCCGAGGUCAAGUUCAACGAGCUGGCCGCCGAGGGUCGCACCGUCUUCAACGUGCAGUUCAUCGCGUCCGGCGACAUCUCCAUCGUGGAGCUGUACCUGGAGGGGAAGUCGGUGACCGAGGAGCUGGUGGGGCUCUGCGAGGAGCGGCCGGCCGAGCGCCCCAAGCCCGUGGGCCGGGACCUGCGCAGCGAGGGCAAGCUGUGCUACGUACGCGCGCUGGACGAGUUCUACGUCCACCUCGACGACAAGACCGCGGACCUCGACAGGGUGACCGAGAGGAUGGUCGACGUGGACGAGUUCGAGUCGGCGGCGGAGCUGAAGGUCGGCUCCGUCUGCGCCGCCUACUGGGCCGAGGACGAGCAGUGGUAUCGCGGAAAAAUUCUAGAAUUCUGCGACGCGAGCUACCACGUCCAGUUCCUGGAUUACGGCAACAAAGCUAAAUGCGAGGAGUUCCGGCGGCUGCCCGAGGACGUCGCGACGAUCGAGCCCCUCGCCAAGUGCUGCCGGCUGGCCGUUCCCGACGGCGCCGACGACGACGCCGCGAGGAACAGACUCGACGAGCUCAUGGCGAACGACUCGACAUUCCACAUAGAAUUCCUAGACAGCACUUCGGAGCCGGCGCUCGUCAAACUCAUCCUUAAUGGGGAGGAUGUUAGUAUUAUCCUUUUCGCCGCAAGACCCAGUGACACGGAAAAGGCGGAAAGUGUACCUGAAACUGGAACUCCAGAAACUACUCGAGUUCCGGAGGAGGAGACAGUCUCCACCGAACCGACGGAUGUACAACCUGAAGAGACAGUAGAAACUGGUUCUGAGGAUGUAACCUCGGAAACUGGAAAGGUAGAUAAAGAAUCGACCCAAUCCGUUAUAGAGCCUUCAGAAGUAGAAAAACCUGUUCAAACAGGGGAAGAAGUAGCCUUACCCGAAUCAGUUGUACAGCCUUCAGAAAUAGAAAAACCAGUUGAAACGCGGGAAGAAGUAGCCUUACCCGAAUCAGUUGUACAGCCUUCAGAAGUAGAAAAACCAGUUGAAACACGGGAAGAAGUAGCCUUACCCGAAUCAGUUGUACAGCCUUCAGAAGUAGAAAAACCAGCUGAAACACGGGAAGAAGUAGCCUUACCCGAAUCAGUUGUACAGCCUUCAGAAAUAGAAAAACCAGUUGAAACGCGGGAAGACUCACCUAAAACGGGCGAAAAGGAAGUUACCGAAUCAGUAUUAGUAGGUGAUGAAAAGCAAACCGAAGUUCAUACAGAAAAAGAGAUUGAGGAUGAAGAUAAAUUCGAGGAUGCCAACGAGCUGAACUCGUCGCAUCCAGAUCUGGACGAAAGCUUAGAAAGUAAUCACACCGUAAUUGAAAACAAAUCAUUUGAAGCCAACCCGGACAGCUUAAACGACUCUGGUGAUCAUAAAGCAGAACAACUAGAUUCUCCGAAACAGGACACUUCAUCAUCAACCCUGGAGAGCUCCAAUGGAACUAUAAAAACUCCAGAAAAAGACAAUUCUAAAGAUUCCAUAAAUACAGAUACUGGGUACACAAGCAGUGAUGGCACCAAAGACGGGUCCCCAAUGAAGGAAUCCAGUAAUGAACCGACCAAAUUGGAGUCAGAUGUAGGAGAAACAAUAUCAGAACUGAAAACUCAAAAAUUUACAUCAGAUGUAGAAUUAGGAAAAACAAUAGCGGAACUCGACGAAUCAAAAGAGAACAAUACUGAACCUUAAAUCGUUAAAGCGUUAAAUCAAAUGACGUCAGUAAAGUUGAAGAAAUUAAAACUAUCGAUAUUGAUUAACAGAUAUAUUUUUAGAUUAAGUCUUGUACGAUAAAAAUCUCAUUCUUUAAUUGUAAUAUGAAUAAUGCGAUGCCUGAUUGUGAUAGAUACUUAGGAAGGGAUUUACUUUGUCUCUGCUUCAGUGAAAAUUGUAUUAAAGUGUCUAGAGAAGGUUUUUGUAGUAGAUUAUUUAUUGUAGGCGUUUAUAUUGACUUCCGUCAGUCACCACGUACAGUUUCCGUGUUAAAUCGAAACUUCCAGAGACUAGACUGAAUAGCCUUAUCUUUUGUAGUUUUAGAUAAUCUCUAAACAUUUUGAUACUUUAUUAAACUUGUUAUCCUAGAUUUAAGACGUUUACUUGAUUAGUUACGUAACGUGUUUAUUAAAUUUUUAUUGAUUUGUUACUUUCAAGUGUAAAAGACAGCUUUUAUGUUAAUUUACAAUCCGUUAGUCCCAGUAAUUUUUUAUGUUUGUUUUCCG